AUGUUGGAGAUUGGAUUACAACAGAUUGACGUUUAUGCCGAAAAAAAUAAUCUUAAAGUUAUUGGAUAUUAUCAUGCCAAUGAACGAGCUGAUGAUAAUAGAUUACCUCCAUUUGGUCAAAAAAUUGCUUCGAAAAUAUAUGAUAAUUUUAAUAAUGCAAUUGCAUUUGUGGUUCAAAAUACAAAACUUGCACCAGAAAAUCCCGAGAUAGCAAUUUUGGCAAAAAAUCAAUGGCGUCCUGAUAACAAAGCAUUUUCUUCCCCCACAAAUAUUGAAUCAUCUUCAUUAUUUUUUUCAUUUGAAAAUUCCCAUAGUGCAAUUGAUUUGACAUCACAAUCAAUUAAACAAAAAUAUUUUGAAUAUUUAUAUGAUUUUGAUGAACAUUUAGAAAAUAUAGAAGCAGAUUGGUUAAUUAAUUCAAAAAUUGUGGAUUUAACAAUAGCGAAAGAUAAAAAAGGAAAUUAA